AAUAUGUGGUACAUGGAGAACACAUGGAUGCAACUGAUCGGACCUGAAACAUUCAGCGUGUUCGGCCAGUGUCACCGCACAAAUAAUGCUUUUAAAAUGUGCUUCUCCAGAGAAUGGGCCUCACUCUGGAGUCUGGUAGUUACAUGGUACCAACUGCCCCUGCUCCAGCAUCACCAGCCACUCACUACUCCAGCAGUUGCAGCUCCCGAAACACCUGCAGCUGCAUCUCUAUCAGUAGCAACAAUGCCUCCACCGGCCGCUAGAGCAGCCUCUACUCCCGCAAUAGCAGCUCGCUCCUCCAGCAGUUGCAGCUCCUGAAACACCUGCACCUCCAUCUCUAUCAGUAGCAACAAUCCCUCCACCGGCCGCUAGAGCAGCCUCUACUUCCGCAAUAGCAGCCCGCUCCUCCAACAGUUGCUGCUCCUGAAACACCUGCACCUCCAUCUCUAUCAGUAGCAACAAUGCCUCCACCCGCCGCUAGAGCAGCCUCUACUCCCGCAAUAGCAGCCCGCUCCUCCAGCAGCUGCAGCUCCUGCAACACAUAACGAAGCAGGAGUGCCUCGUACCUAUGCAGUGUGCCUGACUCAAAGGGCUACACAUGUGGUCAUUCCUUGUAGUCACUUGUGUAUGUUAUGUAUGCCACUUGUGCACUGAGUGCUCAAAUACACUGCCUGAGUACCAGGUGAAUGUCCAAUGCCCGUUAUGCAGGCAAG